ACGCCCCAUUGAAACGCACUCGUCUUCGCCCUCCAUCUGCUGUGCCUAGAGGGAGCUAGUACGCGUCCUGAACAGCCAUGCCAACUCGCACGACGCACAGAGCGGCCUCCAUUGAGGACGCUGACCCGCUCGCACUGGCGAUUGCGCCGCCACCGGACGAGACCCCGGAGGAGAGGGCAGCACGCAUACGCGAGGAGCAGCAUUCGAAGGCGAUAUCGGACUCGAUAGACCAAGAACUGGAGGCGCAAAGACAAGAGGCCAAGAGAGGGAUCAAGCCUAUCAAGAUACUUCUGUUAGGCAAAUCCACGACUCUCAAAAACUUUCAGCUGCUCUAUGAACCCAAGGCAUUCUCCAAAGAGCGCGCAGGGUGGCGCGGGGUCAUCUUCCUCAAUAUAUGUCGCUCAAUCCAUGUCAUCCUGGACGCCAUGGCCUACGUGCAAGCCCAUACGCGCGCCACAUCCCCCAACCGCGCAACUUCCCCUCCCAAUAGCCCCCUCACCCCGCCUAUGACACCCACCGUGUACCCCGAACUCGACCCCGAACUCUUGCGACUCAAGACCCGCCUGCAGCCCGUACUCGGGGUUGAAGAGCUGCUGAUCCGGCGCCUGACGGAGGACUCGGGGGAGACGGAGGCGACACAGCUCGACACAAUCAAUCGCUCGCGCUCGGUGCUGAAGGAGGUCGCCGUGAAUGCGAGUCUGCAGUGGAAAGGCGCGUUCGCGAAGCACCACCAGCGCCAGGAGCGGGGCGACCAGGAGAGCAUCGACAGCUCGGCGGCGGUCGACUGGGAGGACCCGAACGACCCCGGUAUCGUCCUCAACGAGUGCGCGGAGGACAUCAAGCGGCUGUGGCGGCACCCGACGAUACAGGAGAUGCUCAGCAAGCAGAACCUACGCUUGGAGGAGAUGGCCGGGUUCUUCCUUGACGCGUUGGACGAGGUGACAUCGCCACGGUAUUUACCAUCCGAUGAGCACAUACUACGCGCACGGCUCAAAACGUUAGGUGUAACCGAGCAUCGCUUCAAGCUCAACGGCGGGACGGGCAUAGGCUCGGACUGGCGAAUAUUUGACGUCGGAGGCCACCGAUCCUUACGCAAUGCGUGGGCACCAUACUUCGACGACAUGAACGCCAUCCUCUUCCUUGCGCCAAUAUCCGCCUUUGACCAAGUUCUGAGCGAAGCACCGAAGGUCAAUCGACUGGAGGACUCCGUGCACCUCUGGCAGACGAUCGUCUCCAACCGACUGCUCCAGAACACCACCAUCAUCCUCUUCCUCAAUAAAAUCGACCUCAUGCAGCAGAAGCUCGCGUCGGGCAUACGACUGCGGGACUACGUCGUGUCGUACGGCGAUAGGCCGAAUAACUACGAGACGGCGUCUGCAUAUCUGAAGAAGAAGUUCGCCGCUAUCAUGCGCGAGCAGUCGCCGGUGCCGCGGACGUUCUACUGUCAUCUGACGAAUGUGACGGACAUGAAAGCUACGAAGUAUAUACUGGGGAGUAUCCGAGAUAGCAUCAUGCAGACGCAGCUUCGGGAUGCGCAGCUCAUGGCGUAGCCCGAGGGGCUUGUUCGUGAACUGAAGGACCGGUGGGGUAGGUACAAUGGAAGGGGAUUCAUGCCUUUGGGAGGUGGUUGUCCUCGCGAACGCAGGUCCUCCCCGCUAUCGGAAUUUGGAUACCCAGCGCGCACGGUUAUGUGGUUAUUUAAGUAGGUAUUCAUCUGGACUGUCAUCUUUCAUGUCGAGCUCUGUACUGCUUCAUCUCUGUACUCUAUGUUUGUGUCAUUUUGCUUGGCGGUCGGAUGUCGAGUCGCUAUUCUGGAGGGUGCAAUUAGACACGUAUAGGGAUCCUU